AUGUACAAGAACCAGCUUCAAGAGCUGGCGCAGAGGAGCUGCUUCAAUCUUCCUUCAUACACUUGUAUCCGAGAAGGUCCCGAUCACGCGCCGAGGUUUAAAGCUACCGUUAACUUUAAUGGCGAGAUCUUCGAGAGUCCUCAGUACUGUUCAACUCUACGUCAAGCUGAACAUUCCGCUGCCGAAGUAGCGCUCAAUUCGCUUUCACACCGUGGUCCUUCUCACUCACUCGCCGCUAAGAUCCUCGAUGAGACUGGAGUUUACAAGAACCUCUUACAGGAAAUUGCACAGCGAGUAGGAGCUCCAUUGCCUCAGUACACAACAUUCAGAUCAGGCCUAGGACAUUUACCUGUUUUUACUGGGAUAGUAGAAUUAGCUGGAAUCACAUUUACCGGUGAACCUGCCAAGAAUAAGAAACAAGCCGAGAAAAAUGCAGCUAUGGCAGCUUGGUCAUCUUUAAAGCAAUUGGCAAAAGAGAGUGCUAGCUCUUCAACUGAACCUGAGAACAAUGACGAAUUAGAACAGAUCACUAUAGCUCGGGCUUUGCUGAACUACCGUCUGAAGGAAAAGAUGUCAAUGUCUAACCGAAAUGCUCCGAUUCCGUUUCAGAAGAAGUUUCAGAUUCAAAAUCUCAGGCCAACUAGUUCUCAACCUCCUGCCACCACAUCUAAGAUCCUUCCCCUAAUUUGCCCAAAGACAGGACCUCGAAACAAACCUUCAUCGGCAACAUCAAAUGAAAAUCCGCGAAGCAGGCAUCCGCCAACAACAGCAACCAGUGACAAGUCCAUUGUGCAGCCCCCACAAUCUUAUGCACUAGAAAACUGGAUGACUCGUCCUCCGAGGUUCCCUGCAGCAGGAGCAGCACCUUAUGUUCCCAUUCGACAAAUGAGAUCACCUUGCCAUGGGAUUGCACCUCCAGUGGCUAUGAGGACGGUAGUACCCGUGUUCUCUGCACCACCUCUUCCACCACCCGCCUCAGUUCAUCAGGUUAUACGGGCUCCGCCUGUACGAGUUGCUCCUCCUGUAAGUAUUCGACAAGCUAUUCCUGUAUUUGCUGCCCCGCCACCAAGAAAAGAUGAAUCUCCCCCCAUCCGAAGUGAUCUACCUGCCCGUCUUGAACAAGAUAAGCUUCCAGCUAAAGUUCUAGAGACGGACAAGACUGAGAACUGCCCACCACAACCAGAGACUUUGAAGAGUUUGGAGCAGCUGAAAAUUUGA